CGAACGAUGUAGACGUUUUCUUGAGCCCCGACAAAAGCCAGGCAACGGUCUUUUUGUUCCUCUUCGAAGCUUUUGUUUAUUUUUUGUAUCAAGAUGGAGGAAAUGUUGGUGGAAUCGAUGAACCGAUAUGCCAGUCCUAUCAACCCAGCUGUUUUUCCUCAUCUGACGAUAGUCUUGCUGGCGAUUGGAAUAUUUUUUAUGGCCUGGUUCUUUGUCUAUGAAGUAACAUCUACUAAAUACACAAGAGACAUCUAUAAAGAGCUUCUGGUUGCCCUUGUUGCUUCUCUCUUCAUGGGAUUUGGAGUUUUAUUCCUUCUUCUGUGGGUUGGAAUAUACGUAUGAUGUCAUAGAAUUAUUAAAUCAUUGGUGAAGAUCCUAAAGGGAACAGCUUGGAUGGUCAGCUUGAAGAGCAAAGAAAUAUUUCAAAUUUUACUACAAAAAUUAAGCAGACACCAUAACAUUUAAACAUCUUGUACAAUUUGUUUAUUAACAUAUAAUAAAAUAAAGUUUCUGAAUGAAA